UUAUCAAUUAGAUGAGGGUUUUGCAAUUGGCCUUCGUAGUUGCUUUAGCAUCUGGAUUGGCGGCCAUUCUCAUCUACAUCACUGGUGUCUCAAAUCUAAAUGGAACGUUACAUCUUUCGGACGAAGAUUUGGAAGCGCUGCAAUCUCUGCAGAGUGGUUUUCAGAAGUGUGUGAGUGCAAAUGGACUAGGUUUGCAAGCUGUAAGUGGCAGAGAUUAUUGUGAAGUUACGCUCAAGUUUCCCAGUGACACUGUGCCCAAAUGGAAAGACCCAAAAACAGGAGAACUAGAAGGCUUGACAUUUCAAUUCAAUUUGUGUGAAGCUGUAGCUACAUGGGAGCAGGUGCGGAAUAGUACUACAAUACUCACUAGAGAGUUCAUUGAAGCUUUACCAAAUGGUUGGGAGGACUAUGCCUGGCGGAGGAUCAAUAAAGGAGUACUUCUGAACCACUGUAACAAUAAGACACUUUGCAUGGAAAAACUUUCUCUGGUACUCCCAGAAAGACCACCACAUUUUCCACGGCAGUUUGGCCGCUGUGCUGUUAUUGGAAACUCGGGAGAUCUUUUAAAAACAAGGUUUGGGAAGGCGAUAGAUAGUUAUGAUGCUGUCAUCAGGGAAAAUGGAGCACCUAUCCAGAAUUACACAGAAUACGUGGGGACGAAAAGUACAUUUCGCCUUCUUAACAGAGGCUCUGCCAAAGCUCUUGAUAAAGUUGCAGAGUUAUAUGAUUCUGGGAAAGAGGUCUUGAUCGUCAAAACAACAAUACAUGACAUCAUGAACAAAAUGAUUCGGGAAGUUCCAAUACUUAAUCCUGUGUACCUCAUGUUGGGCGCAUCCUUUGGUUCAGCAGCAAAAGGAACUGGACUUAAGGCUCUUGAAUUUGCUCUCUCCCUUUGCGACACUGUCGACAUGUAUGGAUUUACAGUAGAUCCAGGUUAUAAAGAAUGGACUCGUUAUUUUUCGGAAUCUCGGCAAGGUCAUACCCCUUUGCAUGGUAGGGCUUACUACCAGAUGAUGGAAUGUUUGGGAGAUUCAUUUUCGAUGGAUUUGAUGAACUCUUGUACAGAUGGAACGUUACAUCUUUCGGACGAAGAUUUGGAAGCGCUGCAAUCUCUGCAGAGUGGUUUUCAAAAGUGUGUGAGUGCAAAUGGACUAGGUUUGCAAGCUGUAAGUGGCAGAGAUUAUUGUGAAGUUACGCUCAAGUUUCCCAGUGACACUGUGCCCAAAUGGAAAGACCCAAAAACAGGAGAACUAGAAGGCUUGACAUUUCAAUUCAAUUUGUGUGAAGCUGUAGCUACAUGGGAGCAGAAUUACACAGAAUACGUGGGGACGAAAAGUACAUUUCGCCUUCUUAACAGAGGCUCUGCCAAAGCUCUUGAUAAAGUUGCAGAGUUAUAUGAUUCUGGGAAAGAGGUCUUGAUCGUCAAAACAACAAUACAUGACAUCAUGAACAAAAUGAUUCGGGAAGUUCCAAUACUUAAUCCUGUGUACCUCAUGUUGGGCGCAUCCUUUGGUUCAGCAGCAAAAGGAACUGGACUUAAGGCUCUUGAAUUUGCUCUCUCCCUUUGCGACACUGUCGACAUGUAUGGAUUUACAGUAGAUCCAGGUUAUAAAGAAUGGACUCGUUAUUUUUCGGAAUCUCGGCAAGGUCAUACCCCUUUGCAUGGUAGGGCUUACUACCAGAUGAUGGAAUGUUUGGGAGUGCAUGAAUGUGAAUUAACCAGUAGGGCCCAUAUGGCAGUUUCAUGA